CGGUAACCAACGGCAUCCACCGGUUGCUGAUGGGUGCGGCAACGAUCAGUAGUCCUACCAUAUACGGCCUCCGAUCCAAACCGUUCCACGGUAGUAUAAAAUGGCUUGGAUGCCUGGUCCUGUAGCUACUCCUUAUCCACCACCACCAUGACCAAGCAACAAGUUUUCGUUACUGGGGCGUUUCCUGAAGACGGCCAGGCCUACCGCGACCUCACCGCCAAGUACGACGUCAUCCGCUACAAGUUCACCAGCAGAGAACAGCUCUUGCAAGCGUUCAAGACCACCUUGAAGAACAUCUCUGGUAUGUACGCCCAUUUUGGCAGUUUGUAUGCCAUUGGCGGAUUCAAUCGCGAGCUCUUAGAGAACGCACCUCCCAACUUGAAGAUCAUCGCCAUCCCCCAAAUUGGUUAUGACGAGUACGACUUGGAGGGCAUGGCCAAGAAGGGCAUCAUGUUGACCAACCUUCCCACCCCGUUGGCCGCAGAGGCAGUGGCUGAUUUGGUGUUGUACCACGCCAUUCUGUCGUUCCGUAACUUCAAGAUCUUCGACAAGUACACCAACACCAAGGGUCUCACCACGGGCCAGGUCCGUGCCGAGUUGAACACAGGCUCAUUUGACCUGGAAUCUGGCUUGCUGGUGCCCUCCAAGCUCGCGCCCGCAGCCAGAAAGAACUACGACGUUUCGGUGAUUAUCAGUGGCCGUUCUAACACCUUGCCUAGGGGUCACCAUGCAGUGAUCGUGGGUUUUGGCUCCAUUGGCAAGGUGGCUGGCCAGAGAUUGAGUGCCAUCGGAAUGAAUAUCCACUACGUCAAGAAUACCAAGCUUGAUCCCGAGGUGGAGGCCAGUCUUGGCUACAAGGUGACAUACCACCAGUCGAUCAAGGAUACUGUCGAUUUUGCUGAUUUAAUCAUCAUCGCUUGCCCUGGAAAUGCUCAAACCAAGCACAUGAUAAAUGACGAGUUGAUAACUUCCAUGAAGAAACAAAUUAGAAUAGUCAAUGUUGGCAGAGGCUUCGUGGUUGACGAAAAUGCCUUGGUGAGAGGUCUCCAGUCCGGAAAAGUAAUAUUUGCCGGCUUGGAUGUCUACGAAGAAGAGCCACGCAUUCACCCGGGCUUGAUUGGUAGAGAAGACGUUGUCUUGACCCCACACUGUGCAUCCUCAACAGUGGACUUGCUCGACUAUGCAUUGGAUGUUUGCUUCAACAACAUCAACGAGGUAUUAACGGAAUCAAACGGAUACAUUAACAAGGUAGUUUAG